AUGGCUGAGGUGAACCUGGGCGCCGGCUUCUACAUGGAGCGCAAGGAUGACGACAAGCACGACGUGAACGUGGUCGACAUGCUGCGCGCCGAGAUCGGCGACGGGCAGGCCGACGAGGUGCCGCCGGAGCUGCCGGAGGUCGGCAGCCAGCACACCUACAAGAGGAUCGUGGACGUGCGCUGCGACGCGAGCCACGUCGUGCUCGUCCCCUCCUGGCGGCCGAUCCCGAAAAAGACAUCCAAGAAUUUUGUGAUGAUGGAA